GUUACCCCUGCUUCGGCGGUCGGUGCGAGGGCCGCCUCCAGAGGCGCCCUCUAGCGCGUCCUUUUCGCCCGGUGUCCACUUGUUCGGAUGUUCUGGAUCUAGGACAGGGCUCCUGAAGGAUAUGAUGUUGACUGCAGUAGUUCCCUUUUUCACCAGGGUAGGUUGGAUUAAGGCAAUGCUUGAACAAAGAAUGUGAGCCCUGGCACAACUCAUAACUGUGGUUCAGCCUGUUUCUCUUAUUUGUAGGCAAUCCUGCAUCUUUGGAGUGACUUCAAAUCUUAUUUAUGUUUAAUUAGGCAGCAUGUAAAAACAAUGAAAAUUUCUUUUUAAAAAAGUGUGAAGUCUAUUUCUGAGCUAUGAAGAAUAUUUACAAUAAAAAUGUAAUUUUUGAGGACAAGUUUUGAAGUGAAUUCAGAUUAAAUGCAUUAAUGGAAAAAGAAAAAAUGUCUGCUAAGAUAAUUGAAUAUUGUAACAGUGCAAUGGAUUCCUUGGUGGAAAACAACAUGUAUGUAAACAAAGUGUGGGUUCAAUGCGAGAAUGAAACUUGUUUGAAAUGGAGAUUGUUAUCAAGUGAGGAUGUAGCCAAAGUUGAUCAUAAUGAACCAUGGUACUGCUUCAUGAACGGUGAUCCAAGAUAUAAUGAGUGCUCUAUUUCUGAAGAAGAAUUUCCUGAAGAAUCUCAGCUUCAUCAAAGUGGACUUAAGAUUGUCUAUUCACAGCUUCCUCUUGGAAGCCUGGUUUCAGUAAAAUUACAGAGUUGGCCGAGUUGGCCAGGGAUACUUUGCCCUGAUCCUUUUAAAGGGAAAUAUGUGACAUAUGACCUGGAUGGAAAUGUUGAACGGUAUCACAUAGAAUUCCUGGGGGAUCCCCAUUCAAGAUCAUGGAUAAAUUCAACAUUUGUUGGACAUUAUAGUGUCACAUUAAAGGCAGAAAAAUGUAAAAAUAAAAAGAAGUGGUAUAAAAGUGCAUUACAAGAAGCAUACCUACUCUAUGGAUAUUCUCAUGAACAAAGACUAGAAAUGUGCUGCCUAUCAAAACAGGAUAAAUCCAAAUCAGAUGCCAAAGUUGCAGUGGUUGCCAAGAAAAGGAUGCAAGUUUCCAAAAAUAAUAUUGAAAAGAAAAAGACCAAACUUAGAAAAAGGAAAAGGAAAGUGAUUUUAAAAUGCUCUUUUGAAAACAUUUGUUCAGAUGAUGCCUUAUCAAAGGAAAACAUGGUUGUCUCUGAGACUGAAGUUUUACUGAAAGAGUUGGAGCAAAUGCUACAGCAAGCACUAGAGCCCACAGCAAUACCUGAUGAGUAUGAAGAAGAACAUGGAGAGGAAAUAAAUGCAGGAGAAAAGUUAUCUAAAUGCAACCCUGAAGCUCCUGCGAGCAGUCCAUUUGAAAACCACUAUGAAGAGGAUUAUCUUGUAAUUGAUGGUAUAAAACUAAAAGCUGGAGAAUGUAUUGAGAAUAUAACUCACAAAUUUAAAGAAAUAGAUGCUUUGAUGUCUGAAUUUUAAGGCAUUAUACAUACUUUCAAAAGUUAGUUAUGAAAACAUUGGCAUCUUCAUAUUUUCCCAAAGUCAAAAACUUAAAAAUGUUUAGUAAAAUAGUUGCACAUUAUACCAAAGCUGAUAUUUGUAAUAACUAUCAGCUUCACAUUUUGAGAAUGUCCAUGGUUUUGGGAGCUAAUCAAUGGUAUUUAAGUUAAUGUUAAAAAUUUAGAAUCAAAAAAAACCCUUGAUGUUUGUAUUUAUAUAUUUUUUCCUAUUUUCCUGAAUUUUAAAAUAUUAAAUUUUAUGGAAUUUACCUCACAAACACAAGCUUUACAAUGAUUAUUUAGGCCCUUUAUUCAAAAUAGCUAACUGUUAAAAUGGCUGUCAAAACUAUUAUAAUUCUUAAAGAUAAUUCAUGUAUAAUAUAGAGAAUGUGUAUUAGUAGUAGAAUUAAACUUUUUACAAAAUAAAAGAAAAUUUUUUAAAUAUUUGUUUAAUAGAGUUGAAACUUUUUUAAGAAACAAAAAUGUCAGUUGCCUCAUUAUAUGUGAAGCAAUCAUUUCAACCAUGGUUCUCCAAACUGGCUGCUUAACAAAGUCCCUGGGAGACUAUGGAAGAUCAGAAUGCUGGACCCUUCCCCACUGAAUCAGUGUCUCUGGAAGUAUCAUCUUGAGGAUGGGAAAAUGUAAUUAAAACUGUGUACAGAGAAGUUAAACAUAUUCACUAUAAAAUAUCCAACAAUAUAGAAAAAUUUAAAGUAUGUCAUUCCUCAGCUAUUUCCAUGAACCUUUUUAGUGAGUGUCCUUCUAGAUCUUGUUCUAUGUAUAUCAUAGGUGGAGCAUUGACUCCUCUGUCUAGUUCCAGCUCUGGCUUUCUCUAUGCCUAUCUCUGACUAGGGGGAAGUGCUGGAGGAAAGGGCAUUCCACACACAUAAAAACAAACGCAAAGCUUGAGGAGAGAAAAAAACAUGAGAGCAUCUGGAUUUGCUCUUAGUUGAAUUAGCUGGAGUGAUGUGUGAUGGUGAGAAGUUAAGGCGUAGCAGCUCGGGAGGGUGGUGUUCGUAGACCGAGGAACUUACAAUGUAUUCCAAAAACUGUAGGGACUAAUGGAACAGUUUUCAUAGUGGAAUCCUUUUUACAUUUCAGGAAGAUCAUACCAGCUGCAGUAUGGAAAAUGAAGUGAGAGGGAGUAACCCUGGAGGCAGCAAACCAGUUAAGAGACUACUUCAGGAAUUCUCUUGUGAGAUCAUGAGAGCCUAAAUUAUGGAAGUACUGCAGUGGACAGAAGUAGAUAGAUUCAAGCUAAAUUUACAUAAGUGGAUUAUUAGGAUUUGGAGAUUGAAUAUAGGGGUGAGACAGAGGGAGGAAUCAAGGACGACUCCAGGUUUCUGGUAUUCACAAUGCUAUUCUCUGAAGUAGCAACACAUGCAGAUUAGAAAUGUAGGACACAUAUCACAUCUGGGCCAAACUGCAUCAGUUCAGCAGAGAGUCUAUGCUAUUCAUGCUUUGACAAAGCCUGCAUUUCAAUACCAAAGUGACUAGUAAUAGUUUCUCAACACAUAAUGUUUAAGUUCUAAGUCAUAUAAAACACUUGAAGCUCAGACUUUUGUGGGGGAGAAGGACAUUAUUCAAAAGCUUAAAAUUUAUACCUCCAUCAUAUGCUGAAAUAAAAAAAAAAAACAGCAAAGGCUAAGGCCUCCACCUUUUCUUAUAGCUGUGUAAUAACCACAGCAUUUCAGAAAACCCUUCCUCUUUUUCUUGGCAGUAUAGUUUUAUAUUCACAGCAUACAAGAUGUCUCAAGAACUAAUUGAUCAAGCUUUUGUCACUGCUUAAAAUCAAAUAUAAAAUUUACUAAAAUUGUAUUUGAAAGACUUAAUCCACAAUUCAAGUGUUUGAUAUACACCCCCAUCUAGUAGAUCAAUUAGAUCACUUGCAGCUAAUUCCUUUUGGUGGAAUAGUCAGUACUUAUCAAGGUCAGAUUUUUUAGACAAGAUGCUAAAAUUUCCAGAUUGAAUUUAUCUCUGCUAUGAUUUGACUUAUAGAAGUCUAGAAUUUCCACUGAAGUCUUUGUGCACAGGAGCAGCUGAGAAUGAUUCUGAGAAUAAACAUUUGAGUUGGCUUUGUCUGCAGAGGACACUGAGUUUCUAAGAAAAAUUUUGGAAGAAACUAUUUACUUUUAAAUGCAUAUGUUAAUAGCAAUGUACUACAAGGAAAAGAUAUGCUCAGAAGAAAAAAGAAAAAAGGCCAGUUUGCAGGUAGAUUUUAGAGAGUUUAUCAAGAGCCCAGAAGUUACUGGGUUAGAAAAUAAAAUUGUUUCUUAUCUUCAAACUCUCCAGCUAAAAAAAGAUUCUCAAGUUAAGACACAGCCUGAGGACAAAACUCUAGUCAAGGGCACAGUUAUUAAAUUACAGAGAGAGACAAAGACCAAAUCCAGGUGGCUUGCAGAAAAACAUAGCCUCAGGGUAAAGACCCAAUCAGGGGUUUGGCGAUAGCAUUGUAAAAUAUUACAAAGUGACUUUGAGUAGAUCUUUCAGCUGGACAAAACCUCCUAUAAAGCUUCAAAGCAUGGUACUACAGCCCACCUGAUGUGCUUUAAGUGCUAGUAAUUAAAUCUGGAGAGAGAAACAGGUCUCAUAAAAACUGUGAUUUGGAUACAUGGAAUGAACUGGAAUCAAAUACAUAGAAAACCCACUAAGUUGUAGAGAGAGUAAUAUUGCCUAAGUACUGCCAGCCUGAACUAAAAAAAGAUGGAAGUGGUUUGAGAGGGAAAAAGGACCUCUGAGAGCCCCCCCCCCCCAUUUAUGUCAGGUGGAAACAAGCUUAGAAAACUUUUCGGCCACCAAAGAAAAGAAGUAAGUUUCAAUAUCCUCUUCAGAAGCAAGUGAAGAAGAUGAUGGACAAGGAUGUCUUAGAGGAUAGAGCCAGGAACUAUAGAUAACAGUGGACCAGGGAUAUUCCCCUCCUCCUACCCCACUCCACUACCAUGGGUGAACAGAACCAAGGUGUAAUCAAGAAACAUUCUCUACUCCCAUGGCAGAGGAACUUGGCUAAUUUGCCUACAGGGAUUUCAGAAUUGCUAAGGACCAAUCUUCCUCUUUUUGAAUGGAGUUGUUUACUGUGUUUGUCCUGUCCCUGUUAUACCAUUGCAUAGUGUGUAAGUUGGUGGGGAGCCAAAAUUUGUCUUUUUAGUUCAUUGGUCCCGUUGAUAUCUGGACCUGGUGUAGAUAUUGAAGUCCUAAAUUUUGAGCCUGAUGCCAUGAUUAAGUAAGACUUCUGGGUAUCCUUUGAUGGGGAUGGGAUGUUUUCCAUUUUAGAGAAAUGAAAAUAAUGUGGCCAAGAGGAAUGAACUGUUUGAUUGAAUUAUUGGCCCGAGUUCUUUGUGUUUUCAUCUAUUCCAUCUUUGUCAUGGCCCUAUCAUGGACAGAGUGUACUUCCUGAUCCCUUUUAACCAUGCACUGGGAUUCUUGCUUUGAUAAAUGAAAUGAGACAGAAGUGAUGGUACCAAUUCUGAGUCUAGGCCUUAAGAAACGUUAGAUGUCUCUGCUUUUCCUUAUACCUCUGCCAUUGCCUUGAGAAGAAUAUGACUCAGCAAGCCUUAUGGUUUAGAGAAGAUGAAAGACCAUGGAGAAGACCUAGAUCCGAAAACCUGCAGAAUAAAGCAGAGCUGCCCUAGUCAACAUUAGGACCAUAGAAUAAACGAUUGUUGUUUUAAGCCACUGAGUUUGGGGGUGAUUUAUUACACAGCAUUAUUAUGCCAAUAAUUAAUACAUACACUUGAUUUCUUGGUCCCAGUAACAAUUUUACAGACCAACUCUGAUAGCAGCUUUUCAUCUGUACUGGGCCCAUGGGGUAGUCUCUCCGUAGGGUAGUAGUACUAUCACAAUGGUUCUGUCUCCUGGAUUAGACCCAGAGAGCUAGCCUGAGGCCUUCUGCCCAGUCACCUUGCCCAGCUCUGUCUGGAUGUGGCCCAGACUGUCCCCUAAACUUUUGUGGCUCAGCCCAUUCUCUGCCUAGCCCAUCAUGGUGAGUUUUAUUAUAAACUGCCUCAUAUUGCUUUAUCAAGGAGGCAGCAUAAGUGUAGAUAUUAUAAAUACAUAGGACACUAACACAACCAAAGUAUUACUAAAUGUUCAACGAGUGGGCCAUUUAAGUAUUUUUAAAUUCUAUAAUAAUCAUAUAGAGUGAAAAGUGGAGAUAUGCCCAUAAUGGUGGAGUAUCUUAUUUGGCACAGAAAAGUAUGCAUGUAUUUCCUUCCUACUACCUUUACCCAUGCCCUUUGAUAUUGUAUCACAGGAAGAUGAGUUGUAAAAACUGUUUGGAUCCAAACUUAACCUAUAUACUUAUCUAAGUCAUAUGACCAGUAAAUGGAAGGGCCCAAAUUUGAAUACAUUUCUGUUCCAGAUCCCAUGCCCUUGAUUACCAUCUAUAAUUCUUGAUAAGUUUUUAACUAUCUCAGUGGUAGAAUGUUCAUCUAGUUUCCUCAUAUGUAAAAUUAAGAAUAAAAAGCAGAGUGUUAUGAAGAAUAAAAGAAAUGUUUUAUGUGAAAUUGGUUUAUAAAUCAAUUUAAUCUUCUAUUUACUCUUUCUGAAGGGAACCAAGUAUGUGUUUAAGUACAUUGCAAUUAAUAAUUAUUGAGAUAAAAUGUAGGCAUUUGAAAUGAUCACUUUUCUUACUAGUGUAUUAUUUGAUCUACUAGUCAUCGAUAUCAGAGUUCCUUUUUUCUUUUUUAUGCAAUUAAUUUUUAGAAACCAUUGUCAGCAUUAUGAUUUUCUUUCUCAUAGGUAUGGUAACAGCAAUGUCUAUCUUUUUAGGUACAUCCCACUGUUUAGUUUUAGAAAUGUCCUUAAAUCACCUUGCUUUCUUCACAGACAUUUAGUUCUAUAGAAAGGGAAAGGAAGGGAAAAGUCUUAAUAUUGAUGAGUAGUAGCAGGGUUCUGUGUCAUUUUGAAUGCAUUUCAGUAAAUGCAUGACUGUUUUUUUUACAGGGAACCCAUGCUAUUUUUAAGAGUGCCCUCCUCUGGCAAUUUGGAAUUUGGGCCCAGGCUCAAAAGAUCUUUAGAAAGCCAGGAAGCUCACCCAAAAUUUGAUCAGCAUUAGUCUAUUUUAUUGUUGAUACUUCCUUAUUAUGACAUGCAGUUAAAUUGCAUAAAUUUUAAAUUUUAUAAAACAAACCCUUUCAUUUUGUUGAGGGGAAGAACCAGGCAGGGGAGAAAUGUGAUUGUGGCCAUAUCCCUGCCUUCUGGAAUUUACAAUCUAGUGAUGGAAGAAUGUAAACAAACAUAGUUUAGUUCACUAAAUAUGA